UUGUUUAAAGCGAAGGUUUAUGGUGCAUUUAUGAUGGUGUUUUGAGAUCAAUAUGGCCCUGACUAAUGUCAUGUCCCUUCUUUUCAGUUUCCUGCUUCUGGUUUGUACAGCAAAAGAGCCACGAGCAGCAAGUGGGUGGCACCAAAUGUUUAUGCUUGGCAGCGACCUUGAGCUCAAUAAUGACACCAUCGAAGAAACCUGUGAUGAUGACGUACUGGAUCCCGAUAUCUUCCUUCACCUCCUGGAUGAUGACCUUGCUCCCAUAGCCUCAAGGUCAAUGACCAGGGUGCGGCCACAGGAGAUGCCACAAGAGGACAGGAACAGCGAAGAGGAUGUGAAAGACCCUGUGCGACCUCGUAAGAAGACCAAGGGAGCCAAGACAACUGUAACAAAACGGAGAUGGUAAAAGGACGACAUCACAUAUGCUCCUCUUCUGCCUUUCAGCCAUCCCUUGUCCCCUUACAUCCCCUCGCCUUUUGAAUACUUCCAGGACAUGUUUACUCUGGACCUAUUAGAGGAUAUUAUCUUCCAAGCAAAUCUAUAUGCAUGACAGAAGAAUGCCAACACCACCUUCCAUACUGGUAAAAAUGAGUUAAUGGUCUUCAUUGGCAUUGUGCUGUACAUGGGGCUCUUACAGUUGCCAUCAAAAGAGGAUUACUGGUCAGCCUACCCAAGGGUGGCGCAAGUGGCUGAAGCAAUGUCCUCCAAGUGUUUCCACCUCAUUGGAACAACGAGAACGUCGAUAGUUCCACAGACAAGUUCUACGAGACCCUUCCCAUCUACACUUCCCUGACCAGGCAGUUCCUCAAAGUGAAAGCCACCAACCCCCGUAGUCUGUCAAUGACGUCAUGGAACUGGAUCUGGGAACCUAAGGCAGUACACACAAUCAAAGUCAGACAAAUUGGGAUACAAACUGUUCUGCCGGGCAAGCACUGAUGGAUUCAUCAAUGAUAUACUUAUGUAGCAGGGAGAGACAACUUUUUCAAGCAUCCACAUGCAGCUCACUCAGAAAGAGGCGGAACUUCAGGUCAGCACGAAGACCAUCAUUGUGCUGGCGAAGACACUGAAGAAGCACUCUCAAGUAGCCAUCUAUGCAGACAACUACUUCACAAGCAUAGAACUGGUGGAGUACCUCAAGCACAAGCUGGAACUCUGGUAUGUGGGGACGGCAAGAGUGAACCGUGUUGGUUGUGCUCCUCUGAUGUCCACCAAGGAGAUGGACAAGAAGGCAGUUCCUCGUGGCAAGUAUGACUACUACUCCAGCAACGGAUCUUUGCCCUGCGUUGGAAAGACGACGAGAUUGUUACGCUCCUGUCUUCUGAUGUAGGCUUCCAGCCAGUCCAGAAUGUGAAGAGGUACAACCACAAUGCCAAGAAGAAGGUUGAUGUUCCUUGCCCCCAAGUCAUAAAGCAGUACAAUGGCAAGAUGGGGACAUUGAGAAGUCAGGCAUGCUGAGUCACCUUUACAAGACCUCCAUGCAUGCCAGGAGGUGGUACUUGCAGCUGUUUGGGUAUGCCUUGGACCUCUGCGUUUGUAAUGCCUGGGUGCUUUACAAGUGUGACUGCAAAGUCCUGGAGGAGAAGCCCAUGGCUCGCAAUUUUUUCGUCUGAACAUUAUCCAUUUCGCCUGUUGUCAUAAGGCCAUGAUGAGCAGGGUCACGAGGGCGUGAUCUAAGAAGGUCAUGCUAGUUCCUCACUUGGGCCAGAGGGCACAGCUCCCACCCAUUCAGAGUCGCUAUGACACCUCCAAGCCACACAUUCCAACCUUCGCCAUUAACUGCCAGACCUUGCAAGCACUGCUCCACCAAGACUGACGUCCACCGUUCCAGCUGGAUGUGUGACGCCUGACAGAUCGCUCUCUGUUUGUCAGACAUCCGAAACUGCAUCAAGGCAUUCCACUUCCUUCCUGGUGAUGCUGACCACCCACUGUCAAUUUAAGUAAUAGUCAUAUUUUUUUCAUUACUAGUAAAUAUGGUAUAUACACUUCAUUGGUACAAAUUUAGACAAAUAAAAAAAAAAAAAAAAUUGUGGUAUAUUUCAAUGACCCACAGGCCUAUAUCAGGCGAAACAGCCCAGAAGGGAUUAUUACGGAUUCCGCUAUACUAGGCGAGCAGCCCACGCAGCUAGGCCACUUCAUUGACCAACCAUUGCACUGAGUGGCCUGAAUGAAAAAAAAAAGAUAAAUAAAUAAGAUAAAAAUUAAAUAAAUAAAGAUAAAAAGAAUGAGUAAAAGUCUUAGAAAUACAUUUAGUUUACUGUCCCGAGAGGAAUGUUUGGUAUCCACAGUUCUAUGAGUGUCCACUGAAGGGUUGAACUUGCAAAUUUUGAAUAUGAGUAAAGUAAAUCGUGUAAGUUUAUUUUUUUUACUCACGAAAUUAAUUAUAGAAAGUAAAUUCAUCAACAAAUUAAAGAAACUUGAGAUGAAUGAGCUAGAUCAAUAAAAUAAAAAAUGACUAAUCCUUUUCUUAUAAAUUUGCCUGACAGAAAAUAUAUCAGUUGAAAAAUAAAAGAAAAUAAAUGAAUAGAUAAACAAGAAAAUAAAUAAAUGAGUAAAAUAGAAAUAAUCAAGAGUAUCCAUUUCUAAUCUUUCGCAAUGAUGUUAGUGUG